AUGAUCGAACUGCUUGGAACGCUCUCGGGAACGCCAACUUUCUUCCGUCUACCAGGCUGCAGGGAGUUCCAAGAGAUCUACUUAGCGAAGCUCAAUAGACCACUUGUGGUGGGGGAUUGUGGCAGCUGGGUCAGAGAUGCCGUCACUGGGAAGCUAUUUGGGCAUGUCAUUGCAGGAAGCCCGAAGACUGGCCUGGCUAUGAUAAUGCCGGCACAUGGAGUUUUCCGUCACGCU